AUGGAAUCUAGGCCUGGUCUGUCUGUGAGUGUUAACGGUAUCUCGGAUCCUAAGUGUGUUGCUAACGUGUUUAUGGAACAGUUCAAUGUGAAGUGCUCUUCCACCGCCGUCGGCGAGGCCGAGCCGCAGCAGGUGCUCGAUGCUGGCGGAGUGGACGGGGAGUCGCAGACCAGGUUCAGUGCUAGCGACAGGAAUAGUGUGCGUUGGGGUGACGUGAUGUCCGACGAGUACGGACUCGAGUGCGGGGUAAGGCAGGGGGGGUUGACCUCCCCCAAGCUGUUCAAUCUGUAUAUGGAUGCCCUGAUCGGUGGGCUCAGCAGUACUCAUGUCGGUUGUCAUGUAGAUAGGGUGUGCUUUAAUAACAUAAGUUAUGCCGAUGACAUGGUACUGCUGAGCCCAUCGGUCGGCGGUAUAAGAAUACUAAUUGAGAAGUGCGAGUCUUAUGCCCAAAAACAUAACUUACGAUAUAAUGUCGCGAAAAGUGAGUACAUGGUUUUCAAGGCGGGGAGCAGGUGCCCAUCAUACGUCCCACCCAUUCGUUUGAAUGGCGAGCAGCUGAGGAGGGUAUAUUCAUUCAAAUAUCUUGGGCACUUGAUCACCGACGAUUUGCGUGACGACGCGGACAUUGAACGCGAACGUAGGGCAUUAGCUAUUAGGGCUAAUAUGAUCGCCCGUAGGUUCAGCGGGUGUACAGCGCAAGUUAAAAUAACACUUUUUCGAGCGUACUGUACUUCGCUGUACGCCUGCAGCCUCUGGACGAGGUACACGCAGCGUCCUAUGAAUGCCAUGCGUGUACAGUACAACGACGCGUUCAGGGUACUGUUGCGUCUGCCGCGAUUCUGCAGCGCGUCGGGCAUGUUCGCCGACGCGCAUGUGGAUGGUUUCCACGCGACGCUGCGCAAGCGCUGCGCCGCGACGCUCCGAAGGGUGCGCGACAGCCGCCACAGUCUCCUGACCGUCGUGGCAGGGAGAUGGGACAGUGCACUUAUUAGGCACUGGACCUCCCAACAUCUUAGUUUAGGUACUAACAUAGUAAUUUAAGUAUAAUUGUAACUAACAAAAUAUG